AUGGAGCCACCGGUCCAGGGGUGCGGCAUAAUGUCGUCGACGACCUUCUUGAAGCUGGUGACGGUCUUGGCGAUGGCGUACUUUGGGGUCAAGCUUUGGACAUUGCACUACGACCCUGCCAGCGGCAGGCUCUGCACCUUCCACGAUCGACACGCCUGCGUGACGUCGGCGUUGUCGAAGGUGUUACUCACGGUGUCUCGGAUGUCCGCCGGGGCGCUGCUGCCAAGCAUGGCGUGCUGCAUCCUGUCUAAGUGCUACGCCACGAGAUACUUCCUCCACCACAGCUGGCUCGCCCUCGUCGUUAGCUUCGAGCCCGCACACGAGCUCCACACUUACUUCGGGUCGUUGACGCUGCUGUUCGGCGUGUUGCACGGCCUGGCCCACUUGGCGAGAGAGGUCAACGAGGGCCACUGGAACUGUUUCGCCUCGUCCAUGGGCCGCUCUGGGUUCAUUGCCCUCGUCCUGCUGUUCCCCAUCGCUGUGCCGAUGCUGCUGGGACGUCCGAAGAAGCUGAUGACGUUCGAGUUCCGCAAGGCUCUUCACAUGCUGUUCAUUCCCUUCAUGGUGGCCAUGUGCUUCCACGGGAAGGUCCUGGCGGUGCUGGCCGGCAUCCUGGUGGCCUGGUACCUCGUUGACCGGACGUACUUCACGACCAGGAUCGGGUACCAGUUCAAGGUGGGCAGCUACAUCCAGGUUAACUGUCCGGCCAUCAGCGCGAAGGAAUGGCACCCGUUCUCCAUGUUUCCGGUGCCCGGCCCGCGUCCAAGGGGCGGCUUCUACGUCGAAGCGGUGGGUGACUGGACUCAGGAGCUUUUCCGACUCAGCCUGGACGACCCUUGCAUGCCCCUGUGGAUCACCGCCGCACAGCCCAGCGUCCUCGAGAAGAGCGUCUACUUCGAGAACGUCAUCAUGGUGUGCACAGGAGCAGGCAUCACUCCAGCGAUCUGUCUCGCCGACAUGCUGUCGAAGAAGAAGAACGUGCACCUCAUGUGGCUGUCCCGGGAGGCCGGCAUGGUCGCGACGUUCGAGAAGCAGCUUCGCCGCGUGAAUAGCACCGUGCACCUGACCGGCAAGCCCACCGAGAAGACCAAGCAGCGCCUCACCGACCUCCUCGCCCAUUCCAAGGCGCCUCCUCCCGCCGAAACCGGCUCCUCCUGCUCGGACCCGACCGACUUGGAGGCCGGCUUCGCGGCGGCGAGGUCACGGAACGACGACUUCGACGACGGCGCGUACGGCGCCGGGGGUGACAUGGAAGACCUCGGGGGCUGUUCGUCCAAUCGUCGAAACCUCUCUUCCGCUGGCGGCGGGAUGAGCGGCAACAGAAGCAGCGGCGGCGGCGGCGGCGGCGGCAAGCGAUUGCGAAGAACGCCCUUCGGAAAACCAAUCUCUCUCAACUUCGGGAGGCCCGACAUCGAGAAAUUCCUCACGGAGACCAUCCGUGGCUCUUCCUCAUCGCAGCACGAGAAGUGGGCCGCUACCGGUGGUCCGCCUGGAAAGAUCGUCGGCGCCGCCGCGGUAGGAGACUCCUGGCAGCCGCAGCAGAACGCGUCCAAGCUGCGGGCAUCGCCACCUCCAUCGACAGGGAGGCAUGCCGAGAAGGAGCGGGACUACUCAGACACCUCGUCGAGGGAUGUAAGAAAGAAGGUGCUGGCCAGGCUUAACACAAACCAACGGAUCUCCAAGAGGGACCUAAUGAGCGCCGACCUGUCGGUGGUCCCCGGCAAGGCCUCCCCGCCGCGUGUUCCGCGAUCCGGCCGAGUUACGGCAGCAGCGUCCGACAUGGGAAGCCCCGACGGCGUUGGCGGCGGCGGCGGCGGUGCCUCCGGUGCCGCUUGGGACGCGCGUACGUGGCUUGUCCUGUACUGCGGAGCGAACGCCAAGGUCGAGGAGGCGGUAGAAACUGCCUGCGACGACCUUUGCGUUACCUGGAGGAAAGAGUACUUCAGCGCUUGGUGAUUCCCUCCCUCCCGACGCUGUUCUUGCCGCACACGGUGGCUCCUGUUGGCGACUUCGAGCCCUCCUUAGUAGUAGUCGCCUAGUCUUCCGGUGCACUCUAUAACGCCACGUUUCUUGCGGAGUGCGUGUCUUUGUUGGCAACUUGUGAGCGUGAACACUACAGCAGUACAAUGUUUUGUUGUCGUCUUGUCUUGGCGCACUGUUGGGGUACAUGUAGCACGCCUUUGGCGUUUGUCGGUGAAGUGCGUGUUGUUGUGUUGUUGAUGGUGACUGACCCGUGCGUCGUGCUGUUGGGGGGAACCCCGUGUUUUAGUUCGUAGGUGCUUGAGGAGGGGGGGCAGUUUGCUCCUUGAUUGUAGCACCCCAUGUCGUACGCACGUUUGGUGCUGGAUUCGGUCCUUGAUUCCUCUCUUGCUUUGCAUGUUCUCGGAGGCCGCGGAACGAAAAAGUGACUCCUCGAGAGUUUGGGGUCAGUUUGGCUCAGAUUCUGUCGCCCCGCGUGCUCUUGGUUUUUGGUGAUGGGUCUGGUCAUGACUUCCCCGCGUGUUUUACGUCCUCCGGAUCGCAAGGAAUGUUUUGAAAGUAGUUCAUGAUAAGUUGUCUUUGUUAUUGUUGUAGUGUGGGCACACGCUGGCUCGUAGAUCACGUUCAGCCAACGUCGUGUGAUAGUUUUGUUCUAGUGGGGCUCAGAGAUAGUUUUGUCCUACAUACGCAGCAACAUACACCACGAAAUAUAUCGUGCGCUUGAUGCUACUUCCACGUUGUCGGAAAGAGGGUGCCCGACAAGCCCCACUUCAGGAAGCUUGGAGAUGCGCUCAUGUGUGGUGGUGCUGUUGAGUCAACCUGCGGAGAGAGUCGUGCGCCCUGUGUACGGCUGCGGACGUGACAAUAUUCGCAGCUGGACGCGAUGUUUUCUCAGAGAAGCAUCACG